CUCUCUUUUCCUUAGAUUAUAUAUAUAUAUAUAUAUAUAUGCUUUCUGUGUAUAUGUAUCCGUGUGUACAGUAUAUAUAUAUAGUUUGAUUUUUGCGAGGAACCAACUCAAAACACAGAGAGAGAGAGAGAGAGAGAGGGGAGGAGAGAAAGAGAAGUUUAAUCUUAGCUACCAUGUCUAAUAUAGAACAUAUUCUCUUGCUUCUUCCAUCUUUCUUAGUUCUGGUUCUCGUUUUAAUUCUGAUUAAAAGAAAGCAGAGAAGAUUAAAUCUGCCGCCAGGCAACAUGGGCUGGCCAUUUAUCGGCGAAACAAUCGGAUAUUUGAAGCCUUUCUCUGCAACUUCCAUCGGAGAAUUCAUGUCGGAACACAUAUCGAGGUACGGGAAAAUCUACAAGUCGAAUUUGUUCGGCGAGCCGACGAUAGUUUCGGCAGAUGCGGGGCUGAACAGAUUUAUUUUGCAGAACGAAGGAAGAUUAUUCGAAUGCAGUUACCCGAGAAGCAUCGGCGGCAUUCUUGGGAAAUGGUCGAUGCUGGUUCUUGUCGGAGACAUGCAUAGAGAUAUGAGGAUUAUAUCGCUGAAUUUUCUCAGCCACGCGAGACUCAGAACUCAUCUGUUGAAAGAAGUUGAGAAGCAGACCCUUCUGGUUUUGAAUUUAUGGAAGGAGAACUCUGUGUUUUCAGCUCAAGACGAAGCGAAAAAGUUUACGUUCAACUUAAUGGCAAAGCAUAUCAUGAGCAUGGACCCUGGGCACCCCGAAACAGAACAGCUUAAAAGAGAGUACGUUACUUUCAUGAAAGGAGUUGUUUCUGCUCCAUUGAAUUUUCCUGGAACUCCAUAUCGAAAAGCUUUGCAGUCUCGGUCAACCAUAUUGAGGUUCAUCGAGAGAAAAAUGGAGGAGAGGAUAAGAGAAAGCAAGGAGGAAGACGAUCUUCUCGGGUGGGUCUUGAAGCAUUCGGACCUCUCAACUGAGCAAAUUCUUGACUUGAUUCUCAGUCUACUCUUUGCGGGCCACGAAACUUCAUCUGUCGCCAUAGCUUUGGCCAUCUACUUCUUGCAGGCUUGUCCCCGUGCUGUUCAGCAGUUAAAGGAAGAACAUCUUGAAAUAGUGAGAGCAAAGAAGCAAACAGGGGAAGUGGAGUUGGAUUGGGAAGAUUACAAAAAAAUGGAUUUUACUCAAUGUGUUAUCAGUGAGACCCUUCGGCUUGGAAACGUAGUCAGGUUUUUGCACAGAAAGGCUCUUAAAGACGUGAGGUACAAAGGAUAUGACAUUCCAUGCGGGUGGAAAGUGUUGCCGGUUAUUUCAGCGGUACACCUAGAUCCGUCACUUUUCGAGGAGCCGCAGCAGUUCAAUCCAUGGAGAUGGCAGCAAAAUAAUAAUAACAACGGAGAUCGUGUGUCAAAUUCAAGUUGGCCGAGCACGAGCGCAACAAGCAGCAAUUACUUCAUGCCAUUCGGGGGAGGACCACGGCUAUGUGCUGGGUCCGAAUUGGCUAAGCUAGAAAUGGCCGUUUUCAUCCACCACUUGGUCCUCAAUUUCCACUGGGACUUGGCUGAUUUUGAUCAAGCCUUUGCUUUCCCCUUCGUUGAUUUUCCCAAAGGCUUACCCAUCAAAGUCUACCACCACACAUUAAAAUAAAUCUUUCCCACCCCAUACAUAUAUAUAUAUAUAUUCUCUAAAUUAAUUAUACCUAUUUGAAGGUAUCCGUACAUAUUUUUAUAGUAUUUUGUUAUAU